UGCCCGAUUCUUGAAGAUCUGACAGUGUGUAGGGCUCAUGAUGAUAAUGUACCGGUUCUGCUUGUAAGAUCCAAAAGUCUUGAGAGGUUAUGUGUAAGGUCUGGCCCUGGGGUCUCUUCAGCAUAUGCGAUUGAGAUAGAUUCUCCAGGAGUCAAAUACAUUGACUUCCGAGAUGGUUACUCUUAUAGAUUUGCAGCAAAAGAUCUGAGUUCCUUGGUCAUGACUGAAGUUGAUACGCAAUUUAAUACUGAGCUUGGCUUUACUAUGCAAUUGCACUUAAUCCAUGACUUUCUUGUUGGUGUCUCAAGUGGAAGACACAUGGUCAUAUCUGAGCGUACUCUUGAGAUCCUCCGCAUCUAUUUUUGCUUGAAACAAUGCUUGGAACUACCGAUUCCCAAAUUCCAUUACCUAACACGUUUGGAGGCCAAAUUCAGCAAUCUCUUAUUAGAUUCGCUGCCUGAUUUUCUUGACAUGUGCCCGAAUCUAAAACACCUCACCAUGUACUUUGCUUACUCGAUGACGCUAGAGCCAGAGGAUCUUCAACUUACCAAGGUGCCUCUCUGUUUACAGUCCACUCUAGACUGUGUUGAGGUCAAAGAAGUACUUACCCGAGAGAAAACUGGGAAGAUGAGUAAGAAAGCUGCAAUGAAAGUAGUGAAUCACAAGAAGAGAAUUUGGAUGGAAGUGGUGAGGUACUUUCUUGAGAAUUCGGAAGUUCUUAAGACUUUCAUAUUGUGUCUCACAGAUUCAGAUAUCACCAAGGAGCUUCUUGGAUUCACAGAACGUACUCCCAGGUGUCAAGUUAUCUUUCGUUGA